UGGCGGCGUGAUGCUGGCCGCCAUUUUGCAUCCUCCUAGCUAAGUGUAAGAGUGGAGCCGGACCAACGGCGAGGGAUUCGGUCACUUUUUUUUCGUUUUUCCCCCCAACACGUUUCCCUCCGGAGCCAUCCGUACAUUACAGUUUCAAGUUGUUAACCGGCAGCAGAUAACGGAGACAUGGCCACAGAGCAUAUAAAUGGAAACGGUACUGAAGAACCAAUGGAGACUUCGGCUGCAGUUACCCAUUCAGAACACUUCCAGACAUUAUUAGACGCUGGGUUACCUAGAAAAGUUGCUGUCAAACUAGAUGAAAUUUACGUAGCAGGUCUGGUCUCACACAGUGAUCUUGAUGAUCGGGCAAUUGAAGCUCUAAAGGAAUUCAACGAAGAAGGUGCUCUUCAAGUCCUCCUGCAGUUUAAAGACAGUGACCUUUCACAUGUUCAGAACAAAAGUGCCUUUCUUUGUGGAGUCAUGAAGACAUACAGGCAGAGGGAGAAGCAGGGGACCAAAGUGUCAGAUUCUACUAAAGGACCAGAUGAGGCAAAAAUCAAAGCUUUGCUUGAGAGAACUGGAUACACACUUGAUGUGACAACAGGUCAGAGAAAGUAUGGUGGCCCUCCUCCAGAGUCAACCCACUCAGGUGCACAGCCCUCAGUUGGCACAGAGAUUUUUGUGGGAAAAAUCCCAAGAGAUCUCUUCGAGGAUGAGCUGGUCCCCCUGUUUGAAAAAGCAGGACCCAUAUGGGACUUGCGUCUGAUGAUGGACCCCCUUAGUGGCCUGAACAGGGGUUAUGCCUUUGUCACUUUUUGCACUAAAGAGGCUGCCCAGAAGGCAGUUAAAUUGUGUAACAACAAUGAAAUACGCCCUGGCAAACACAUUGGCGUGUGCAUCUCUGUCGCCAAUAAUAGACUGUUUGUGGGAUCCAUCCCCAAGAGCAAAACCAAGGAGCAGAUAGUGGAGGAAUUUGCCAAAGUUACAGAGGGGCUGAAUGAUGUAAUUUUAUAUCAUCAGCCUGAUGACAAGAAGAAAAAUAGAGGCUUCUGCUUUUUGGAGUAUGAGGAUCACAAAACAGCAGCACAAGCGCGACGUAGGUUGAUGAGUGGCAAGGUGAAGGUGUGGGGAAAUGUAGUGACUGUGGAAUGGGCUGACCCCAUUGAGGACCCUGACCCGGAGGUCAUGGCGAAGGUUAAAGUUCUUUUUGUAAGAAACCUUGCAAGCACUGUAUCAGAAGAGCUCUUAGAAAAGACAUUCAUCCAAUUUGGCAAGCUGGAGAGGGUCAAGAAGCUAAAAGAUUAUGCCUUUAUUCACUUUGAGGAACGAGAUGGUGCUGUUAAGGCCUUAGCUGAAAUGAAUGGGAAAGAUUUGGAAGGUGAGCAAAUCGAAAUAGUCUUUGCAAAACCACCUGAUCAGAAGAGGAAGGAGCGGAAGGCUCAGAGACAAGCAGCUAAAACGCAAAUGCAUUUCUGGGACUCCUCCAGGUAUGAUGAUUAUUAUUACUAUGGCCCACCACACAUGCUUCCUCCAACAAGAGCAAGAGGAAGAGGAGGCAGGGGAGGCUUUUCAUAUCCCCACGACUACUACGGCUACAAGAAUUACUAUGAUUACUAUGGCUAUGACUAUCACAACUACCGAGGGGGCUAUGAAGACCCGUACUAUGGCUAUGAAGACUUCCAAGCCCAAGGCAGAGGAAGAGGCGGUCGAGGAGCCCGUGGGUCUGCGCUCUCCCGGGGGCGUGGAACAGCCACGGCUAGAGGAAGAGUCAGUUUCUCCCAGCGUGGAGGCCCAGGAUCCAGCAGAGGUGCCCGCGGGUCCAGAGGAGGAGCUCAGCAGAGAGGCCGUGUGGCACCUUGUGGAAGAAAUGGACCAAAGCAGGGAAAGGGGGUCGAGGCUGGUCCUGACCAGUUACAGUGAAGACUGACUUGCUACAUGGGGUUACACCAGAAGCUGCCAAUGGAUAUGAUGGUAAGGUCGAGGCAAUGGUCCAAUGAUAUUCCAGCCUUACGGAAGCAUAUUUCCCAUACUGCCACCCCUGAACCCAAUGGAAAUUCUGUACCUUGGACUGUCUGCAUUCAUAUUAAAAAAAAAAAAGUCUUGUAUUCAAAAUGUCACAUGCUACUCCCUGUAAACGUGUUCCAAAAUUACAAAUUGCACCAGUUGAAAUCAUUUGUGAGGUUCAGACUUCCUAAAGGAUACUAAAACAUUUUUUCUUAUUUUUCCUUUUUUUAUUUUAUUUUUUUUUUGCACUUUUUAUGUUUGAGUUUGAAGUGGCUCAAAAGAGCUUGAUGCUAAUGUAUAUUUUUGUGCUAAUUGUAAUUUUAUUGUCGGAAUAUCCAUGUUUAUCUAAAUUUUUUGAUUUGGAUGAGGAGGACAUAACAUCUGCAGGUUUUUGGUGUAACCACCUUGCAUGGAUAAGUCAGGCAUUCCAGGAAAGUGGUUCUUUUCAGAACUUGUCUUUAAAGGGUUGGUUAACUACCUCAGUACAGAGGAUUGAACUACCCUGCCUGUACUGUAAAUAGGGAAACUUAUAUUGAUGAAAGCAGGGCUUGUUUCCUAUGAAAUAUGCAUUAGAGCAGCUGCUCAAAAGAUGUACUUAAUGUAAUAUAGUCAUUUUGCUGCUGCUCUGACACUGCGAACAGUCAAACUGGGCAUGCAAAAUAAUCUCAUAUGAUGAGCCUGAACAAGCCCUGCUUUUAUCUUAUUUUGAACUGAAUUAGCUGCCUUGCUUCUUCAGAUUAUGUAGUUACUGGUUGUAUGAUUGUAUGAUAGUUUUGGAAUAAAAUGUUACUUUUGUAAAGGCUUGAACAUCACAAAGGCAUCAACUGCUUUUGGUAAGCCCUGCAGUGUCCCUUUUUUCUUUAAGUGGAAAACCAUUUUUGGAUAACUAGCUCUGUAAAGACCAUAGAAUUAUGCCCUGUACCGUCAUACCUUUUUAUUUUAAGAUUUGUUUUAAUCAUGAUUCAUGAAAUUGAAUGAUCAUGUUUCAACUCUGGGCCAGCCAUGUUUCUGUAAAGACAGAAGAUAAUCUAGGCUGCACUGUGCACCCUGUGUACAAGGGCCUGUGGCUGUGUUCACUGUGAAGGGACAGGAUCAUUCAGUGGAAAAAGGGAUGCUGCAGCUUUGGUUUAUAUUCCAUAUAUAGCAAACAGCUGACUGAACCAUUCAACCGGUUUUGUACACAGUUAACUCCCUCUUGAUGAAGCUGUAUCAUUACAACCUUUUGACAAGAUGUUAGCAGUUUUAAACUAUUGUUGGUGGCCAACAACGUUUUUGCAUUCCUGCAAAUAAAUUGUUUUAUACUGUAAAAUGAGGUGAGUGUAACUUAUUUUUGUAAUAAAGUUUUUGAUUUCUA